AUUUGGCUUUGUCCACCCUAUUUCCACUCCCCCACCCCUCCCUUACAUAGGACAAGAUUCGAGCGCCACAACGAUCAUAGUCACGAGGACAAGUUUUAACAAAAGUGACAAAAUGGCUCCUGUCGACGAAGGCCAGCCAAGGGGCGAGGAUAGAAUCAUUAAUAUAACGUUUGAAUGGGCUAAGCAAGUACUUGGAAUGCUCCUUAUUGCUGAGCUUUUGACAACCUUUCUCUGUGGUUGCUGUGCCUCAUCGUUGUCAACAUGGGUUGGUUCUGGGUGUGCUGGAAAGAUAGGUUUCCUCGAUUUUGUUACUUGGACAGCUUUCCUAAAUAUCCUAAUUGAUAUGAUCAUUCGUAUUUUGGGUUUGUGGGAGCGUCUUCUGUGGAUUUUCCGUCAUCCAGUCGUCCAUUUAGUUCUUUGUGGGCUGGCUGUUGCUGGGUUCUUGAUCGCUUCAUCUUUGGUAGCAUCGUGCUCAAAGUAYGUCUACAACGGAGGAGCUGCCGUUGCCGCUGCUAUUUUUGGGUUUAUCUCGCUUAUUCUGUUCGGUUUUGAAGCAUUUUUGCACUUUAAAAGAUACAGGAACAUGGAGUCAGAGGGACGAAGGCAAACAGAAGAACAUGGAAAGGCUGAUAUAAUUUGAGUCGAUAUGACAUGACAAAGAUCAAAACUCUGACUGCUGUGUAAGGUUCUAACUUUAAUAACGUUCUAAAUUUUUGCAUCAAACGUAAAUGAACUUUUAAAAAUUAAGUAGUAGAUUAGAUAAAUGGAAUACUUUACAAGUAUGGAAAUAUGUCCUCUUUACCCAGUUUAAAAWAGCUUUUAAAAAAGCUUUGUAAUGACGCUGCAACCAUUUUGGUUGUCAUCUUACUGCUUCUGACAGGUGUCACUCAAGUUAUGUAUCUGUGAACAAUAGAAUGUAUAGGAUUUUAUACUUCUGCARCUUUUGUAGAAAACAUAUGUAAGUUGGAAUCGUCUGAAUAUGAGACAAUUUAAAACCACCUACAACAUCACCUGAAACGAUUUGCACAAAAGUUUUCAGUUUCAGUGAUGCAUAUGAUACUAAAUGAUCAGCAUGAUUUAAGUCGUUUUAUGUUAUAACCUUUAAUGAAUGAUAAAUGAACAAUUAAUGCUGCUGUAUAUUACGUGGCUGUGAUUAAAUUCUUUGUGAAUUAUUGUUUGUUCAGUAGUUUAAAACAGUUUUAGGUGGUUUCAGAUCAUUUUAGGUGGUUUCAUGUGUUUCAGAUGUGAUUUCAGAGGUGAUUCCAACUUUGAAUACAAAACAAACUAUCCAACUGACCUAGUGAACAAGUGCUCUACCAUGAUAUUUAUACUAUCAAAAUUAAAUUUGUAUGAAAUUGUAUACUAAAUAGAAAAUGAUCAAUAUAUGUCCAGCUGUACACAGGGUAGGAUAUGAGUCUGGAAAAAAAACUUUUUUCAACCCACUUCACUUUGGUAUGGUAAGAAAACUUGCCAGAAAACAAGUGUUUUUAUUAUACUGGUGAAACUCUAUAAGAAAUUGCACAAAGUAAGCAAUAGAAGACAAAUAAGUUUGUAUUUAGCUAGAACAGACCUUAUUAAUUAAAAUUUUUCCCUAUGGUAACUUGUGUUAGGUAAA